GGGAUUGUUUUAUCGCUCAUUUAGUAUUUGAUCCAUGGUGAAAGUCUGAAGGACAAUAAUUCUAGAGUAACUUCAGUGAUUGUUGUACAUGUACCGUGAAUAGCUGAGUAUGUUUUAUUGAUGUGGUUUCAGUGGUCUAAUGGCUUGGGUUAUAAUAUUUAAUAUCUCAGUUAAGAUUUCACAUGCAUUUUAUGUCAGGCUGUGAUUUUGGAUCAGGAUACCCAGGCCUACGUUCUCAAUCCAGCCCCUAUGUUAAUCACAGUACCAUCCUGUGACAUCGUUGAUUAACCCAGUUGUCCUUACCCCGCCUUUAACCUGCUGGAAGUUUCAGGCCACUUUCAUACUAUGCACUUUCUCAAGCUGUUCUAGAAUAUUCAAUGUUUUCUGUGUUUACAAGUUCUCUAUUGUCCUCUGCCCUGAAGUAGGUCAUACUCCUGGGUGCCACCUUAAAUCUUCAUAGACAUGCCAAACAAGUGAGCAAGGCUUUGCCAAGCCUCCACUGUGCCAACACUGCCAUUGGUGAACAAGCACUGUUGGUGGGCUGUUGCCAUAGCACCCUCAUUAAGGGAGGAGCAGGGACAUGUUUAGAAAGUGUGGGGUUCAAGUCCCAGUGAAGGAGUACAGGUUGUCAAUGUCACAUCACAGUACAGGAACUACCAAGUAAUUUACCAGAGCUGUAGACAUUGAAAUGUACUAGAAUUCAUGCCCAGUGAUAAGGAAAUAAAUACACAAUUACUAGUUCUAGAGCAGCACAUACUCUCUAGAAUGUAAACUGUGAUAAGUUGUUUUAUGGAAGCCAGAACAUACAAAAACAUGUGCUCACACACACACACACACACACACUGACAUUUACAAUGUAUGACGCAUGGCAUUUUACAGAGAUGUGCAUUCGCUGGAAGCCGAAAGAUGAGGGGUAGAGUAGGAGAAGCAGCAUUGAGAGGUUGUGUGUGAGAGAGAGUGAAAACCUAGGCCAGUGGAUUAAGCUGCUUUGUGAAGGGAAACCGAGGAAAGCUUAUAGAGAAGUGAAGAGAGGGAUGGAGGCUUUUGCCCUGACAACCCACCACAGUUCAUAACAGCUUAGCCAGAGAGGGGAAGGAAACGGACAAAUGCAGGAAAAACAGGAUCAGCCACUGAAAAGUAGCCCGGGGAAGGUAGGGAUGUGGACUGUAGGAGGGAUGUGUGUGUUGUUUUGUAUAUUGUGUGUGGCGUCUUAUUUUUUUUGUCUGUAAUGACAGCAUGUGAAAAUUGGAGGGACUGGGUAUGGUGUAUGUGAUGCUUUUUCUGCAGCCAUCCAGUUCUUUGUUGAUUUUUGUGUUGGUAGAUUGUUUAGAGAACGAAGCAUGCCAAUUAUAAUGCAUUAUAACACAUACCUGAUGUAGGGUGACACUUGCAGGGUGGGGAAUAGUGUGCGUGUUUAUGGGUUGGUGCAUCUUAGUUUUUCAAUGGAGAGUCCUUUGCCCUUUUGCCUGUUCUCUUCGUGGUCCCAUGUUGAUUUACACACAAUUCUUGAGUCUGAAUGUUUGUUUGUACUGCUUGUGUGGGUAUUUAUGUCAUGUGAAUUACUGUAGCGAGUGUAUGUGCAUUUGUCCUAUUUCCCAGGCUUUCCAUCGUAAACAAUCAUAAGGCCCAUCACGCUUUGGGCUCUCACCGAAGAGCACUCUACCGUGACUGUUGUGUGUUCGAUGUUAUCACUCUCCCUUCCUCCCCUCUCUGCUUGUCUCUCCCUUCAGGCUCACCCGACUCUCAAAGCCUUUAUGUGUGGCUCUCUCAGUGGAACAUGCUCCACCCUGCUCUUCCAGCCUCUGGACCUGGUCAAGACCCGCCUGCAGACCCUUCACAGCAACAUGCAGCCUGGUUCAGCAAGAGUGGGGAUGGUGACUGUGUUCUUAAGUGUUGUACGGACAGAGAAGCUCAUAGGACUUUGGAAGGGGGUCUCACCAUCAUUUGUGAGGACCAUCCCCGGUGUAGGGAUCUAUUUCAGCACCUACUACUCUCUGAAGCAGCACUACUUCCUGGAGCAGGGCCCCGGGGCCAUGGAGUCUGUGCUGCUGGGAGCUGGGGCCAGGACUGUGGCAGGGGUCUGCAUGCUGCCUGUCACUGUCAUUAAAACUCGCUUUGAGAGUGGCAGGUAUAACUACGUGAGCGUGGCAGGGGCUUUGCGCAGUGUGUGUCAAACAGAGGGACCCAGAGCUCUGUUCUCAGGGCUGAGCGCCACCCUCCUCAGAGAUGCUCCCUUCUCAGGCCUCUAUGUCAUGUUCUACAACCAGGGCAAGAACACUCUGCCACAGGAGAUAAGCACGUCUCCCUACGCGGCCCUGGCUAACUUCAGCUGUGGGAUUCUGGCCGGGGUCCUGGCUUCCCUAGUGACCCAGCCAGCUGACGUGGUCAAAACCCAGGUCCAAGUCAGCCCACAUCUGUACAGGAGGACUGCAGAUGCUGUGCGAUACAUUUACAAUGAGCACGGGUUUCAAGGGUUCUUCCGGGGUGGGGUGCCACGUUCUCUGAGGAGGACCAUGAUUGCUGCCAUGGCAUGGACGGUGUAUGAACAGCUGAUGGCCCGCAUGGGGCUCAAGUCCUGAGGAGGGAUGACAAAAAGAGGGAUGACAAGUCCUGAAGGGAGAGAAUGAAAUGUGGCCCGAGGAAGAAAGUGAAAGUCAAGGACAAACCAGUACAGUGAGGAGUGCCCUGGAAGGCACUGCUGUGUUUGUGUCUUAAGACUGCCUAGUUGAGAGUGUGCCAAUGGACUUCUUCACUGACAUACAGUAUUCUGCCAUAACAUUAUUAACACAUUGCAAAGAUAUGAUACCUCAAGGACUGGUAUCCAUACUUUGACAGAAAGAUGAGGACUAGUAGUUUUAUUAAAAUGUAUGUAUAUUUGAAUAGUUUUGCAUUGCA